GAGGAAUUAAAAGGGCCAUAUGACCCCAAACCCUUCGACGUGUUCUCCCCGCCCACACCCACUUCCCCUGCCAUCGCCUUGCCGCUCCUCUCUCCUUCCUUCCUUCCUUCCUCCCUCCCUCCCUCCCAUCUGGUCAGAUUCGAUUCCACGGCCGACUCGAUCGCCGGGAGCCAUGACCCCUGCGACGCUCCUCGAUCGGACGCCGUCGGAAGGCGAAACACGCCAGCGCCGCCCGCCGCAGCGCGAUAGCCGCGCUUCCGGUGCCGUGAAAAGCUCGAGGACGGACGAGAGGGCGCCGGACGCAGGCCAUGAGCUCGGCGACGUCCGGGCCGCGACGGUGGCGGAGGAGGCCGCGGCGGCGGAGAGCGGGCGAGAGAGGCUGAAGCGGCACAGGACGGAGAUGGGCGGGCGGGUCUGGAUCCCGGAGAUCUGGGGGCAGGAGAGCCUCCUCAAGGACUGGACCGACGGCUCCGUCUUCGACCGGCCCCUGGUCCCCAAAGGGCUGACGUCGGCGCGUGAGGCGCUGGUCCAGGAUUGCCGCCGAACCAACUCCACCGCCUGCCUGAUUAGGAUUAAUCCUUGCUGAUCUCUUUAAUCAGCGAAGAUGGUGAACUAGGGAUGUGGCUGUGCACUUGACGCGACAAAGACUCCAAGUAGUUCUGUAAUACAAAAAUGUUAGUGCUGGGAUUUUCGACGUUGGUCCUUCGACACUCAAGUCAGUAUCUGGUGAUCUCAAGAAAUGGAGAACUAUAGCAAGUAGAUGUAGAAAAUGAAAUUGCACAUACUUUUCCCUGUAGCUAGGAACCCCCUUUUAUAAUGUUAGCAUGGUACUCGUGCAUGCAUCCUGGUGCACACAUCUCAAGGUGCAAACACAUCUUCCUAGGUAUCCUAGGAAGAAACAGGUUAAAAAGUGUCCUUGGAAUCAUUUCUUAAGCAGCCAUGUAAUUCUCUGAUAUAAUAG